CAAGCAAAAAUAAUCUAAGCUGUUAGAAGAUUUGGGUCAUGGAAUCGGACGGCCUAAACGAGACUUACAGGGAAUGCCUGAGGAAUCACGCGGCCAGCCUCGGCAGCUACGCCACCGACGGCUGUGGCGAGUUCACAUCGGACGGCCUGCAGUGCGCGGCUUGUGGGUGCCACCGCAAUUUCCACCGUAAGAUCAUCCUGGGAAGUGGGCCACUUGGGUUUGUGCCGAACACGUCGGUGGAGUCACAUGAGUCGGACAGGUCGGGAAAGAAGCGCAACAGGACCAAGUUCUCGGCCGAACAAAAGGAGAAAAUGCUCGGGUUUGCUGAGAAGUUAGGGUGGAGGAUGCAAAGGAAAGAGAAAGAGGAGGAAAUAGAAGUGUUUUGUAGGGAAGUUGGAGUGAGUAGGCAGGUUUUCAAGGUGUGGAUGCACAAUCAUAAGAACUCUUCUUCUUCUACUGCCUCUUCUAAUACAGGCAUUGCAUCUUCAGCUCUUACAACCCAAUAGAAAUUAUUUUUUUUACUUUUUUACUUUUUUCUUUUUUCUUUUUUCUUUUUUGAUGGGUGGUUGUAUGGUGCAACAAGAACAUGUGAAGUUGGUUAUGGUUAUGGGUUUUUUUUCUUUUUUGAUUUGGGUUUGGAAUGUGGUGUUGAAAUGUGGCCUUGUGUAGAGAGAGAGAGUAUUGGAUGGGCUGCCUCCUUAAUAAUGCUGGCAUUGCAUCUUCUACUCUAAAAACCCAAUAGAGAUUUUUGAAAUUUUAUCUUGUUGGGAUUUUAUUUUUUUUCCUUUUUUUAUUUGUAUGUGUGUACAGAUUAAGUUGGUUAUGGUUAUAUUUUUCCUUUC